AUGCCCUUCGGCCUUACCAAUGUGCCGGCCAGCUUCCAACACUUCAUUAAUGGUUGCGUCCAUGACUACUUUGAUAUGUUCUGUACAGCCUACCUUGACGAUAUUCUCAUCUACAGCGACACCUUCGAGGAACAUCAAGUACACAUCAAAAAGGUCCUGAAAGCUCUACAAAGAAAUGGAAUACUGCUGAAACCAGAGAAAUUGGAGACAGUGAAGAAUUGGACCGUCCCCAAAAUAGUUAAGCAUGUGCAAGCAUUUCUAGGUUUCGCUAACUUUUACCGCCGAUUCAUACGUGGAUUCUCGGAACUGGCUUCCCCCCUUACCAGACUGACACAGACCUUUACAAUGGCUCUCAUCCUUACCCAUUUCGACCCGGAGAAAGAUAUUAUUGUGGAAACCGACGUAUCUGACUAUGUCUCUGCGAGUGUACUCUCUCAAUACGAUGAUAAUGGUACCCUUCAACCCGUCCCAUACUUCUCAAAAAAGCACUCCCCCGCCGAAUGCAACUACGAGAUUUACGAGAAGGAAUUACUGGCGAUUAUUCGAUCCUUUGAGGAAUGGCGACCGCAACUUGAAGGAGCUGCACACCCAAUCGCCGUCAUCUCCAACCAUGAGAAUUUCGAAUAG